AUGUACAAACUUCACGCAAAGAGGGUAAAAGCUGCCACUGGGGCGAUAUGGACUUCAAAUCUCGCCAAGAUCAGACAAUCUCUUAAAAAUGUUUACCGCAAAUGUAAGAUUCAGCACCCAGAUUCAACUAGAUAUCCAACUAUGACUUCCUAUGACUGUGCUCAAGAUGGCAUUAGUUGUAACAAAGAAAUGAAUUUUACAUUGACACUCCAAGAUGUUAAAACUGCCCAAAUUGAACUCCUCAGCCAAAUGGCUGACAUUGUUAGUGCAGUAUCAAAAAUCCAGGAAAAGAUUGACAUUUAUCAUAAGCAAACGGAGGUACUGGAAACCAGGAUGAAUGUUAAUGAAGACAAACAAUGCACAAAAACUAAAGAUAUCCUCUCUGUGAAAGAAGACAUUGAUGCUUUAAAGAAGAAGGUGACAGAACUGGAAAACCAAAAUUCUUGCUCCAGCAUACAUUGUUUAGAGGUUCUGGAAGGAGAAAAGGGUAAAGAAAUCAUAGAACUGCUUCACAAACUCACAAAACCAGAAACUCUGAAGAACACAUCAGCCUCUACAGACUCUGAAAGCUCUUCAGCAGAACCAGAAAAAGUGCCUGGUUAUCCAGAGCCCAAAGAUCAUCUUGAGGAAAAAAAUUCUCCCAAAAUUAAAAGUCUGAAGAAAAGUAACCAUCAAAAUGUAUCAAGAAGCUUUAAGAAACCAAAGUCAGACAUUUAUAUUUACCCAGACUUUAACACAUGGAUCAAGCUAACUUUUGUUCAUGGAGGAAAGUGGAGAUUUUUCCUCAGUGCUACCAAGUUAGAGGAAUUCAUCCAGUGGCUUCUUUCUAGGCCAACUAUCCUUCCUGAGAAACCACAGAUCAUAACCCAAAGAUAUUGUCCAUUCACUGGACCUAUUGUAAGCUUGACCACAAUCUGUCUUUCUAUUUUCAACUAUAUUUACCGCCUUUUUUGUUCCUCAAAGGAGGAAGUGACUCGACUGUAG